UUUGUUUAUUCGAGCUAGCUUGCGGUAUGCUACAUUGUGCAGCCCUUUCUGUGCUCUAACAAUGUAUUUACAGGAACAUGUCUCUGUAAGAAGAGACUGUGUGAAAACAGAGAGUUUUAGGAAGCGGGUCAGUUUGGGUCGUCGUUGAAAAACGUCGCAUGUCGACGGUUUCCUUCAGAAAUGCAGCUGCUCUACGCUAACGAGAGAUGCUGUUAGCUGUAUCACAGUGUACCCCGAUACCUUCUGCUGCUCCACCAUACGUCCCAAUGUGAUGCCUGUCUGAGGGAACAUAAUGGACAAUGGAAAAAUGAGCCGUGUGUGUCGGCCCCAGCGGAUCAGUGAAUCGUCCAAGGUGUUCCGCUGCGUGGAACAAGGUUUGGAGGUGUUGCAGGGCCUCAAUGAGCAGCGGCAGCACAGCCAGUUCUGUGAUGUGGUGCUGGUGGCCGACGACCAGCGGCUCCCCGCGCAUCGAGCCCUGCUGGCUGUCUCCAGCCCGUACUUCUACUCUAUGUUCACCUUGGGCAUGAGGGAGGAACGCCAGGAGGAGGUCCAGCUGGUUGGGAUGUCCUACAUCGGUCUGACGGCUGUAGUGGACUUCCUGUACAGUGGAGAGCUGCCAUUGGAUGGAGGAAACAUUGACUAUGUGCUGGAAGCUGCCCACCUCCUGCAGAAAGCUGCUGUUGUUCAGGUGUGGCGUGUGGUGGAUUUCUGCUGCCAGUACCUGGAGAGGGAGGUGAGUGAGGACAACUACCUGUACCUGCAGGAGCUGGCUCUGCUCUACAGUCUGGAGCGUCUCAACACAUUCAUCGACAAUUUUAUCCUUGCACGCUUCGCCACACUCUCCUUCACCCCUGAUUUCCUUCGGGACAUUCCUUUACACAAACUCACCUCUUACCUCUCCAGUGGCCAGGUUCAGCAUGACAGUGAGCAAGCGCUCCUCCAGGCCGCCCUGCAGUGGCUCAGCCACAGUCCCGAGCGUACCGUUCACGCCAGGCACCUGCUCUCCCACAUCCGCUUCCCUCUGAUGCCGAUGGGGGACCUCGUGGGACGGGUGCUGCCGGCGGUGCGGGCCUUACUGCCGGCGGAGGCUGGAUGUGAGGCCCUGGUGGAGGAAUCUCUGGCGUAUCACGCCAGGCCCAGCGCCCAGCCGCUCCUGCAAACAGGACGCACCACGCUGAGGGAGGGAGUAGAGCGGCUCCUGCUGAUUGGAGGAGAGGUGUCAGAACGUGGAGAGGAGCUGAGUGCCAAUGUUUGCCGACUGGACGGUGAAACAGGAAGCUGGGAGGUGGAAACCGAGCUGCCGGCCCAGCGGAGCCACCACUGCCUGGCAGUCCUGGGGGGCUUUAUCUUCGCUGCUGGCGGCAGCUCGUCCAGGGACAAUGGUGGUGACGCAGCCUGUAACCUGCUGUACAGAUACGACCCCCGCCACAACCAGUGGACCAAGGGUGCUCCAAUGAAUCAGCGGCGAGUGGAUUUCUACCUGGGGGUAGUUGGAGAGUGCCUGAUUGCCGUGGGUGGGAGAAAUGACAAUGGAGCUUUGUCCUCUGUGGAGGUUUAUCGUCCCGCUGAGGACUGCUGGUCCUACGUGGCAGAACUGCCCAGCUGUACUUACGGCCAUGCUGGGACAGUCCUCGACGGCAUAGUCUACAUCUCAGGUGGUCACGACUAUCAGAUCGGCCCAUACCGCCGAGAUGUCCUGAGUUAUGAUCCAUCACGGGACAGUGACGUUUGGGUGGAAUGCCAGGCCAUGUCUCUGGCCCGGGGCUGGCACUGCAUGGCCUCCCUCAACCACCUCAUCUAUGCCAUUGGGGGCAGCAAUGACCACGAGGACACCACAGAGCGCUUUGACAUCCUGCAGGUGGAGUCCUACGACCCGCACAGUGGCCAGUGGACCCGGGUGGCGCCACUGCUGCUGCCUAACAGUGAGGCAGGGCUCGCAGUCUGGGCAGGGAGGAUCUAUGUGCUUGGGGGCUACAGCUGGGAGAGUAUGGCAUUCUCCAGAGCCACUCAGGUGUACAACCCUGAUAAGGGCUCAUGGUCCAGAGGGCCAGACCUGCCGAAACGCAUCGCAGGGGCCUCAGCUUGUGUGUGCACUGUGAAACCCUCACAAUCAUCUCCCUCUUCGGAGAGGAAGAAGAUGGGACGAGGGAUGAAAGGAAUGUCACACCCCACGUAACAGUGUUGAAGGUCCUUCUGUUGGUGCAAAGAUAAGGCCUGACUUUUGGCAGAGCUUGGUGUACUUCUGAUACUAACUCUUCAAUAGAAGAUAUUUAGUAUCAGAAUAAUUUUGCCCAGAGGCACUGCAGCAUCACAGGAAGGAAGAGGAGGAGCGAUAAUGAUGAACACUGAAUUAACAAUUUUCUUUAGCAAAUAACAACUAAUAAGUGUAUGUUGACAACAGUUACAUUAUAUGAUGCACAGUCUUUGUGUUGCAUAAGCAUUCAGUUAGAUAUCAUCUGAAGACAGCAAUCAUUUUUGUCUCCUUGGUAACGUAGAUGCAACAGUAUGCUUUUGCAUUCAGAUGUCUUUUCUUGUCUUUUUAAAGUCAGGAAAUGAGAGCUUGUAGAAGCUCGGAGGCUGAAUGAUGGGUUGAUAUUAAGUGUUAACUUGAAAGAUUAAGCUCAAGAUUUAAGCGUGGGAGUUGUAGUCUUGCACUCUAGUCUGUGCUGUGAAUAAAUCCAGCCACCAGGAAGGUUGUGUUAAAACUGGGUAUACCUGCAGAUUCUUUUGUACAUUGCUGAUAGUUUGGAACUGUUAAACACUUUGCAACAACUCUUAACCAGCAUACAUCUUUACUUUGGUUUUAAAUAUUAAUUUAAUAUUUUUCUUCAAACCAGAAGCCAAAAGAAUCUACACA